CGGUGGUCUGCAGUGCCCAUGUCCCACUGAUCGGAGGCCAUCCUUGCUGUGCGCUUCAUGACCCAGUGGCGCGAGGCCCAGUGAAGCCACCGUGGUGUCCAGCAUGGCAAGGCUGCUUCUGGGUGCAGUGCUGCUGGUGGUCCAGCCCCAGCUGAUACCUUCCCGCCCUGCUGCCCCCGGAGCCCUGCGGGGCCAGCAGGAGCUAGUGCAGAAUGUGGGCACCACCCAGAGUGAUGCAGAGGACGGCGCUCCUCCCAACGGCUCCGCACAGCAGCUGCCACGGACCAUCAUCAUCGGGGUGCGCAAGGGCGGCACGCGUGCGCUCCUGGAGAUGCUCAGCCUGCAUCCUGAUGUCGCGGCUGCGGAGAACGAGGUGCACUUCUUCGACUGGGAGGAGCAUUACAGCAAUGGUCUGGGCUGGUACCUGAGCCAGAUGCCCUUCUCCUCCCCACAUCAGCUCACCGUGGAGAAGACGCCCGCCUAUUUCACGUCACCCAAAGUGCCUGAGAGGGUCCACAGCAUGAACCCGUCCAUCCGGCUGCUGCUCAUCCUGCGGGACCCGUCGGAGCGCGUGCUGUCAGACUACACCCAAGUGUUCUACAACCAUUUGCAGAAGCGCAAGCCCUACCCGUCCAUUGAAGAGUUCCUGGUGCGGGAUGGCCGGCUCAACUUGGACUACAAGGCGCUCAACCGCAGCCUGUAUUAUGUGCACAUGCAGAACUGGCUGCGCUUCUUCCCGCUGCGCCACAUCCACAUCGUCGAUGGCGACCGCCUCAUCAGGGACCCCUUCCCCGAGAUCCAGAAGGUCGAGCGGUUCCUGCAGCUGUCGCCACAGAUCAAUGCCUCAAACUUCUAUUUUAACAAAACCAAGGGCUUUUACUGCCUGCGGGACGGUGGCCGUGACCGCUGCUUACACGAGUCCAAAGGCCGGGCGCAUCCCCAUGUGGAUCCCAAGCUCCUCAGUAAAUUGCACGAAUAUUUCCACGAGCCCAACAAGAAAUUCUUUGAGCUCGUGGGCAGAACAUUUGACUGGCACUGAUUGGGAAUAAGUUAGGCCCUGGACAUUUCCUCUUGUGAAUUUGGGUGUACAUCUGGGGGAGGGGAGAGUUUUCAAAGGGCAUUUAAGCUAUAAUUUAUUUGUAAAAUCCAUAAAUGACUUCUGUACAGUAUUAGAUUCACAAAUGCCAUAUAUGCUAGUUAUAUUUUUCUACUUGUUAAAUGGAGGGCAUUUUGUAUUGUUUUUUCAUGGUUGUUAACAUUGUGUAAUAUGUCCCUAUAUGAAGGAACUAAACUAUUUCACUGCAAAAAAAAAAAAAAAAGAA